GAAGUGAGUAGCGAAGAAAUGGAGCGUGAAUUUUGGCAAAGUGUAAUCGAUACUGAGAAUACAGUGGUAGUGAAAUAUGGUGCCGAUCUUGCAGUUAAUGAAGUCGGUAGUGGUUUUCCAAUAAAGGGAUAUGAUUUUGGAGGAGAAAUGGAUUCCAAAGAAUAUCAGUUUUAUGCAGAUCAUCCAUGGAACCUUAACAAUCUUCCAGUAAUGAAAGAUUCAGUUCUCAGUCAUAUGGAAACUGGAAUAUCGGGUGCUUUUUUUUCCCUUUAUAUUCGUAUGAUGGUACCAUGGGUCUACGUAGGGAUGUGUCUUAGUGCUUUUUGUUGGCAUACUGAAGAUCACUGGACAUAUAGCGUUAAUUAUUUGCACUGGGGUGAGCGUAAAAUUUGGUAUGGGGUUUCUGGAGAAGAAGGAAAAAAAUUUGACGAGGUCAUGAUGGAACUUGCUCCAUAUUUGUUUGAAAAUCAGCCUGAUGUUCUUCACCAUAUGACAACUACAAUCAAUCCAAGCAUUUUAAUGGAAAAGGGAAUUAAUGUCUACACAGUUCACCAGGAACCAGGUGAUUUUGUUGUAACGUUUCCUCGUUCUUAUCAUGCAGGAUAUAAUGAAGGGCUAAAUUUUGCGGAAGCUGUUAAUUUUGCUCCAGCAGACUGGGUAAGAUUAACAUAA